GUCUCCCAAGAUAUCUUUCGAAAUGCCCCAGACAUUCAAUGAGAACCUUCCAGGUUAUUCGGAGAGCGUCCCUCUGGGCCACGCAGCAAGCUCUUCUUCUCAGCCUCCGGCUAGUCAACCAAAUGCACCCGCAACCGAAGGUACCUAUGCUGGUGGGAGGACACGCCAUCACCACCGCAACCAAGCCCGGCAAACGCCAGUUUCAGCAUCGCCCGUCGAUGGUAAAUCCUUUCACACUCUGAUUCGCUCAGAUAUUGACUCUGACGAUGAAUCCGAUGAAGAGCUCUUCCCAGGGAGGAACUUGCAGCAAGGCAGGUGGCAGACAAUUUUAUAUUUUGACCUCGAUAUAGGAGGUGAGCGUCUGCUUCAUGUGGGCCGAGCGAUGUAUAACCCCCGAAAGGAAGUCUUUGUACGGUCUAAUCCGGGUCGCACGAGGCCACGCAUCCCACGCGGGGUUUUCUGCCUGGAAGACACUCCCGAGUAUCAGCUGUAUCGCUACUACCUUGGGCCAGCAUCGAUUUACUUUCUGGCAAAUGGGCUGGACGUCGAUCCCGAGGUGAUUGAGUACUGGUCUGACUGUUUUGGCGUACUUGAAGACGAGGAUGGAUGUUUAUGGAUGGAUUGCGAGCUUCUACACUGGACUGCGGUGCGUGCCAUCAAGCAAUUAUGGCAUGCGUGUACAAUUUAUCCCUGACUUCUCUGGCGCUGGAUGGCCGAGUCUUUAACUCUCUCCUCUGGUAUGAACCCUGAACUGUAGAUGUGUGCCACUGGGGCCGGUUCUCGAAUUGUGCCCAGGCCACUGUGUCAUGUCGUCCUGCUAAGUGUAUUCCUACUACUCACAGACAUGGCUUCUUAAUAUCCUAAAUUUAAAAUUGAAAGAGAUUCUUAUUUGGCAAAUGGUAGGCGGGGAGUUUGUAGUAGCACUACCAUAUCAUGAUAUAACUAGAAUCCAAAGUAGGAAAUCAGUUAUUAUCAACGUUGAA